AUACUUCAUCUUCUGUGGCAGCUGUAGAUGUUUUUUCCUGUAGGUUUGCCCCCUUUUAUCAACACCCGUACAACAAUAGUCAUAAUCCUGGUACAUGCACUAUGGACCGGGUGGGGGUUGAUGUCAGUAUGCGAGCAUUGACCAGCACGGGAAGUAGCCGACAGUUCCGAAGAUGUACGACUGCGUCACAGGCGACCUCAUCACUGUCCAUGCUCUGUGAGAGCCAUUCUCUCUCUACAUGUUUUCAGGAAGCUUCUUCCGGUUUCGCAAACUUGGCCGAACUUCAUUUAUUUCGGUCAUUACGAACAUUAGGAGUGCAUCUGAUUUGGAUUGUGCUGGCUUCGAAGUGAAGGGUGAAUCUCCUGAGUGAACUUGGGCAAAGCCAAUGUCAUGACUCCACUAUUGAAACGGAUUGCCUUAGAUAGAUUCAGCGCUUUACAGCAACGACUUCUGCGUAAAAGGCUAGACCUGUGAAGCAGGCACCCUCCCCCUCAUGCCAUCCUGCCACCGUGGCCUACUGUCACACGGUCGCCUCUUUGGUUGACGCCGUUUUCGUUACAAGGAUGUCCAACUCGCAGUCUCUUCCGAAAUCCGUUGUCACGCACUACCUUUUAUCGUCGUGGGAUAAGAACAGUGACGGGAGCGGAACGGUCGAAGAUGAGGCCUUGGCGACCCCCGGACCUGGCACUGUGGUAGAGCCGACAGAUGAAAGUUGCGCUACUUACCAAAAUGUGGAAGCUCUUCUGUACGUCGACUUGUCACUCUCAUCGUCAGUCGACCUUCUGUCGAGGCUUGCUCCAAUGAUCGUACAACUUGAACGAGAAGCCGCGGAGGACCGACUGCACCAGGGAAGCGGAGACGGGGCAAACUCUAUAGUCGACUCAGCCACUUCCUCUGAGAAACCAUCCAUCAAUCUUCGACUAGGAUAUCACCUCUUCAGCAUGGGGGAAGAUUCUCAGAGCUCCCGUUUUUGUCUUGGCGAUGGCCGCUACUGUUCUUUCCCGGUCGAUGAGCCGCCGAGUGUUGCAGAACAUGUCAAUGGACGAGCUGUUGUAGAAGAAACGUUGCUUCAGCUGUGCGUGGCCGAAUACGCACUCAGCGAACCAGCAAGCCCGAACUCUGACAGUUCACGUGCACUUCAGCAACAUUUCAAACAGCCUUUCUGGUCGUACCUCGAUGCGUGGUGCCGAGACUGCUCAGGUGCCGACUUGAGAGAGGCGGAAAAGAGGGGGAGCAGAACAGGAAAGGACGGGCCCGUUUCAAAGGUACCUGAAAAGGAAUCUGUCGAGCCCAGCAUCGCUGAAGCAUUCUUGCCUUUUGAUAGCAAAUGCAGCUUAAAGAAACUGAAGGAUCUUGGUAUCCCAGUGGAGCGAAUUGGGGCGGAAUGCGGAACUGGCGACAACGCGGAAGCUCUCCUUCAGCGUCAGAUCGACCUACACCUAUCCCGCGUACCUGCGCUCCUCAUCAAUGGCAAAGAAAUGGCAGGACACCCGACUCCAGAGUCGGUUAUCAAGUCGCUUUGUGAGGCCGCUGCUCGAUGCGGCAGCGAUGCGGCAGUGGCAGACGGCGUGUGGCCCUUGUGUCGUACUCCAGCGAUUGUGAAUGCACCUUCCUUAACGGACACAGACGGAAAACGAAGAGCGGGUCGUGGCGAUGAUGUUGCUGUGGCUGCUCAUCUCUUGAAUACUUACAGGAAGGCUCCCGUUGACUCUGCAGCAGCACUGGCGUCUCGUGGUGGCGGAGAGGCUCUCGCCAUGAACGAUAAUGGAGUUUACCGGCUAAAGAAUGUCUCAGCCGUUCACAACCUUCGCACAAAGUUGAAUGUAGAGAAGGCAGAAGCACUUGAUGCCGUAACAGCUGCAGCAAUUUUUGAGCGAGAUAAAAAAGCCCGUCGGAGCUCAGAACAGACAGAGGAACCUGUCCUUUCAAUUGGACCUCCUGGAGAGGCAUCAGACACGCACAUUCGGUCAACGCCUAGUUUGACAUACGGCACUCUCAGUAGACCGGAAGGCGUCAAAACAGACCUAGGUGACUCUGCCCGCAUUUCUGGUGGGCCUGCGCAACAGAAAGCUCACAUUCCAAGCGCUGGAAACCAACUCGACGGCGACUGGCUUCUCUACGCCGGGUUGGCUGCUUUCUUUUUAGUGGCUGUCAUUCUUUUUUUCGUAUUGAAGAAUCUGCUGUACCGGAGCAAGCACAUGUCGGUCACAAGAAAGGAUGUGCAGGGUGCGCCGACGCCGUCCGCAGAGCGGCAGACAUCGGACAACCGGGAAAAGAACCUGAGAAACCCGGCCAGCGGAAGCGCGAACGCGUCCGCGCAUGUAGCCGCGUUUGCCACUCCAGCGCUGCCAACUGUAGGGAGGCACACAGAAGGAAAAACAUCGUGGCGCAGGGUUUGGCAUUUUUGA